UAGCUCUUUUGAAAUAACUCAGCUGGAAAAUCCCAUUCUGGUUUGAGAUGCUCAUGUCUAUCAUAAUCGUCACAACAAUACCACUGAUGCAAAUCACUUUUGCUAAACACUAAACUUUGCCUCAACAUAAGCUUUCGUCCAGUUCACAGUUAGCAUGGUUAUCUAAACAUUUUUUGGAGUAGAAUAAAAUGAGGGACUUUAGCAGCGAACCGAGAAGCACUCAAAACGGUAUUAUUAAUCAAGCGUUCUCGAAGAGUGAGGAAAAUAUAAUUGAAUCAAAAAUAAGAUGUCUCCAUUCAACACUCGACCUUAGUGCGCCAGAAAUUCAAUGCAGCAAUGACAAAAGAGGAAAACAAGCGACUUUCACCGUCAAAAUAAACCAAGGUAUUUGUGGGAAAAUAGGAAUCAAACUGGUACGUGGGAUGUGCCAAAUCGACGAAGAGAGAAGUCCAGACGAGAAUGGGAUAUUUGUGCAAUGCGUAAGGCCAGGAAGCCCAUCAGAAGGAAAACUUAUGCCCAAAGACCGGAUAAUAGCAAUUAAUGGUGUCGAUUUGACAAAUCUGUCUCUUCGUACCGCUGAACAACAUUUAAAGAAAUCUGCUGCCAGCAGGCGACACGUCACUUUAACUGUAGAGAGAUCAGAAAGCAACAGAGUGCAGUGUCAGACAUCAACAGAGAGCUACAACCCACCAGAGAUAAAUCUUAAACAGCAUUGGCUACAAGAGCUCGAGGCCGUGUUUAAUGUCUACGCAUCACAUGACCACAUGCGAAAAAGAGACUUUUUCAAGGCACUUCGUCUGUUUGGCUACGAGCUACCCGAGCCGGAAGUGCAUUUGUACAUGGCCGAUCUCGGACUGCUGGGUUCCAGAAAGUUGACAUUCCAAGACUUUGUAAAACUGAUGUCAGAGGUUGUGACCGAAGAGGAACAUGGUAGAGAAUUGAUGGAGAUAUUCGGGAUGCACCAGGUUAACGGCAGGGGCGCGUCAUGUGAGUGCGGUGACAUGGAAAGGACUACCGAGCACUCGUAUGCAUGACGACACCAGAAAACCCGGCAACCAAUCAAGAGUCGAGUUUUCCUUUAGAACAGACGAGAGAGUAAAAACAGAGAGUAAACAAAUAAAAAUCCCUUAUAAUUCUAUGAAAGAUUUCCUAUGAAUUGAAAUUUAAAAUAAAUAAAUCAAAAUAUAAA